ACCACUCUCGUUGACAAAUCAGCUCAGUAAGGACAAGUUUUACCAAACAUCCUAAUCCUACUCAACCUCAUCAUCCUCCAACUACAACAAAAUGGUCCGACUUUCAAUCUUCGCAGUUAUCUUCGCCACCGUCGCUUCUGUCGCCGCUGACGGAUACUGUCAAUGCCUCUUCCCGGAUGGCUCCCACUGCUGCGUUGUUGCAUACGGCAUCAGGAAAGCAUGCGUGGAGAAUUGCAAAAACAAUGGAAACUCAGACAGGAUGUGUAAUGCUGGUGGCAAGUACUCAGACGUUAGCUCGUGGAACGCAGGAUGGCGCCGCGGCUGCAAGUACGAAUACGUCGUCUAGGUAGUACAAAGGAUCUCGCCAGGGUGCCUUGCGCAGCUCCGCCCAAGCAACCAUUUCCUUGCAUUAUGGUGAACAAUAUCUUUUUCUAUUAAAUUUU